GAAAGCGGAAGAAGGAGCAAAAAACGUCGUGUUCGGUCACAGACUGCAGCGCCGAAAGAACCUAAAAAGCGACCCCUGCCCCACCCCAUCAUCACCACCGCUCGCUCGGGAGCAGCCGCUGUGGGAGAGACCUGAGGGGACCGCGAGAGAGAGCUGAGGGAGGGAGGACGCGAGAGAAUCCGCGCGAGAGCGAGCACGCUGGGAGCCGAGCCCGCGGCCGAGCUGAGCUGUGGAGAGUCGCAGGAAAACGGGGGCUUGAGGAGAGCCAGGGUCGUCCCGGCGGAAAAAGCUGAAGGGUUCUGAAUCCUGGGAAGAGGAGGCGUGGGGGCAGAGGGAGGAAUUGGAGAGCUCCGCGGGAGGGGCUUAGCUGGGAGAGGAACGUGCUUAGAGCGAAGCUUUAAAUAAAAGACUGCAGGAGAAGCCUGAGGGGAAUUGCUGCAGGGGCGGGAGCUCACGAGGAGAGGACCCUCAGACCGCAGAAAGGGAAAGCCGAUGACAGGUUUCCCUGCAAACUCCACUUGCCUCCUCCCCACCUCAAACGCCACUACCUUCUCCGAAAGUUAAAAGGAAGCUAAAUCUGUUGCCCCCCCCCCCAUUCCCAUUCAAUAAAUAUUACUUGUCCUUCCACCGGGAAAACAGGAAAGGACUCUUUUCCUUCCCAAUUUUAGGAUUUAUAAGAACUCAAGACCUCGCGACUCGGUUUUUAGCCUAGGGGGCUCCAAGUAGGAAGGUUAUUGCUCUUGUUUCCUUUUUCAAAAUCCCGCACCUCAUCCUUCGUGGGACGCUAUGUCUACAAGCAGUUGUAGUUUCAAGGACCGAUGCGUGUCCAUCCUGUGUUGCAAAUUCUGUAAACAAGUGCUCAGCUGUAGGGGAAUGAAGGCUGUUUUGCUGGCUGAUACUGACAUAGACCUUUUCUCUACAGACAUCCCUCCUACCAAUGCAGUAGACUUCAUUGGAAGAUGCUAUUUCACCGAAAUCUGCAAAUGUAAACUGAAGGACAUCGCAUGUUUAAAAUGCGGGAACAUUGUAGGUUAUCAUGUGAUUGUUCCUUGUAGUUCCUGCCUUCUUUCCUGCAACAACGGACACUUCUGGAUGUUUCACAGCCAGGCAGUUUAUGGUAUUAACAGACUAGACUCCACUGGUGUAAACUUCCUACUUUGGGGCAAUUUGCCAGAGAUAGAAGAAAGUACAGAUGAAGAUGUGUUAGAUAUCUCAGCAGAGGAGUGUAUUCGAUGAAUGGAAUUAUGAUAUAUGUGUAAUAUUUUUAUAAUAACAUUUUCAUAUUUAAAAUUUGUAAUGGAUCAACUUAAAAUUGUAGUGAGGAUUUACUUGUGAUUUUCUGUCUCCCUCCCUUUCUUUAUUCUCUUUUAAAACAAAAACGGGUCAUUUGUUGGUUUAUUUAUUUGCUGUCUCAAAUUAAUUACCUCGGUUUAAGCCAAUAAAAUUAUUCUUUCUUUCCUCUCCUCUACUACUUCUGUCUGAUAUAAGUGUAUUCUUAACUUCAGAUAGAAGAUCCAUGGGCUGGGGAGAUAGCUCAGUUGGUAGAAUUCUUGCCUCCUAAACACAACGCCCUGAGUUCAAUCCCCAGUACGGCAAAAAUAAGACUCUUUUACAUGUCACUCAGCUACCUCCCAAUCUAAGGAAGUUUUUCUUACAGUUUGAUACCAGAUACCACUGAUUUUUUACUUUCCUGAAUAAAGGGCAUUUGUACCCUCUCAUGUCAAACAUACAUAUAUUAGACUCAUCUAUUAAGAGGGGGGUUAAAAAAAAGCAAGCUGUUAGGUUUCCAUGCAUACUGGUUAACAUAUGUGAUAACUGUUUUAAUGUGGAGCAAAACCUUGUGAAUCAGCUUACAGAAUAAAUUCAGACUUGAAAAUAUAUGGAAUAAUCCUUUUGAUUCUUUAGCAUGAUAUUAGAUAAAUGAAUUCUUAAAAAAUUAUCAAUAUAUACUGUUUACUGAUGUUAUUUAUUUACAUUCUCCUAAAGCCAUUAUGGAUAUUGUAUUAUGAAAGCCAGAUAAACUAAACCUUAAUCUUUAUGUUUUUCCAUUCCGUAGGGCUUUCUCUAUGAAUAGCAAAUUUUAGAUGAGUAGUGUUUGUCCAAAACCUAAAAUAGAAAGAAACUUAAGCCACUGUAUAUUAUAAAGAGUUUUUAUUUUUUCAUUGUUUGUUGUUUUUGAAAAUUGUAUUCAGAGCCACACAGAAAUAGGAAACUGGGAUAAUGUUGGAUUCUGGUUUUAUGUAAAGCUAAAAUCAAUGUAUCUUUUUAACUAAUGUCUUAGUUGUAGGUAUUUUGUCAA